GUCUGGCCCGGCAGAUCUACCUGUUCAGCAAGAUUAAGAAACAAAAAAUCUCACCCAAAUGAAACCAAUACGAUCUGGAUGUCUGUCUUUCUAUUUUUGUUUUCUGUUUACUUUAGUUUUUCUUCUUUUAGAUCGAACAGCUGCUGAGAAAAAACUUAAGCUUGUGAUAUUGGUCUAUCGCCAUGGAGACAGAAGUCCGACUAAAACAUUUCCUCUUGAUAAGCACCAAAAAGAUUCUUGGCCGGAUGGUUUUGGACAACUCACCAAGAUUGGAAUGCUACAGCAUUAUGAGCUUGGAAAAUAUUUAAAGCAAAGAUAUGCUGGGUUUUUAAACUCAUCCUACAGUCGUCAUGAGGUUUAUGUCAGAAGCACAGAUAUGGACCGCACUCUCAUGAGCGCACAGGCAAAUCUUGCUGGUUUGUUCCCCCCUUCUGGUGAUCAAAUCUGGAAUCCUAACAUUACAUGGCAGCCAAUACCAGUACAUACAGUACCUCGGUCUUUGGAUAAAUUGCUACUAAUGCCAUUCUAUAAUUGUCCACGUUAUGAACAACUUCAAAAAGAAACCUUCAGCUCAGAGAGAUACCACCGUCUUGUUAAACCAUAUAAGGACUUUUUACAACAAAUAUCAAAAUAUACUGGCUUCAGCCUCAAGGAAUUAAAUCAACUUGUCUGGACAACAUAUGAUGCUUUGUUUUGUGAGAAAAUUCACAAUUUAACUCAACCUGAAUGGGCCACUAACGAGACCAUGAACAAGCUGCGAUAUCUGUCCGAAAUGUCUCUGUCACUUCUCUACGGGGUACACAAGCAAGAUGAGAAGUCCAGGCUGCAAGGAGGUGUUGUUUUGAAUUCUAUUCUUAAAAAUAUCACUGAUUUUAUCACAAUGCCUUCCAGCCAUCGAAAGUUUAUUAUGUAUUCUGCACAUGACACCACAGUAGCUGCUCUCCAGAUGGCACUGAAUGUAUCUAAUGAAAAAUUGCCUCCUUAUGCUUCCUGCCACUUUUUUGAACUUUACCAGAAUGAUAACAGUGAAUACAUAAUUGAAAUGUAUUAUCGAAAUGAUUCAUCAGUUGCACCUCACAAGCUCACUUUACCAGGAUGCACCUUUAAUUGUCCUUUGCAAAAAUUUGUUGAACUGACAUCCCCCAUUAUUACUAAUGACUGGGAAAAAGAAUGUGGGAAUGUGGAAAAAUCAUCAGAAAUGACAUAUAUUGCACGUGAAGAAGAAAGGAUUGCUAUGAAAAGCAAGUCAAAAAAGAAGAUGACGACGCGUUAUCCGUGGAAUAACAAGAAGUUGACACAAUUAUUUUUACCCCGUCCCAAGGUUUUGUUAUAAUAAAACUGUUACUUUAAUAAAGUUGGAAUUUUUUUAAAUAAAACAUAGCAGUUUGCGCCCUUAAGGUUAGACUUCAAACCUUCAUUUUCAGAAGGUCCUAACUAUAAUAAGAUACAACAAAACAGAACUGCGGAUGUAUCUGGCACAGCUGAAGAGAAAUGUCUGCACUGUAAUAAUGUUCAAAAGUAAAAUAAUCUUACAAAAUAAUAGUGUUUAUGAUCUUAGAAAAAAAAUAUUUGUUAAAGAAAACUAGGGUAAAAAAAUCAAAAGGCUAAACAUUUUGGCUUUCUUUGCAUAUGUGAUUAUUAAUGGUGCUUUAUUUUAGUUACUAUACAGUAUUAUUUUUUAUAGAUGUAUUUUAGUUUUCAGUUCUGUAAAUUUUAUAGAUUUAAAGGUAUAUGAAACAGUGCUCAACAUAUUUUUAAUCAAAGUAAACUUAAAAGAAACAGAUUGUAUAAAAAAACAACUUACUUAUUCGCUUGCAAAAUGAGUACUUAUAAAUGGGGAAUUAGCUGACACUGUCACUUUAAUGUUCUAUUUUUUUUAGAGCCUUUAUUUUUUUUACUAUACAUUUAAACCCUGCAUUCCACAACAUCACCUGUGCCUCGCUCUACAAAUAUGCAAGUAUGUGUGCUCCUGAUUAGAUCACCAGCUAUAUCCUUAUAUGAAGUUAAUUUGAAGGGGUUAACAUGUUGUUUAUCAAGCAUCAAAUGCCCAUGUAGCGCAUGUUUGCACCUGCAAAUCACAAAUUAUAAAUUGGAGGAGAGUGAUUUGUCUGGUAUGAUUGACAAGCCGUGCUCUUGCAUCAUUAGUUAUACAAGAGCACUAAAUGGGGCUACACAAAUAUAAAGUUAUAUUGCGAGGAGACAGCAAGUUAGGACCUUUCAAUACAUAUUUUUAUGUUGUUUAUUAUUGUAAAAUAUGUGCUUCAUUAAAUCCACAUAAAAUGCAGAGUAAAACAAAAAUUAUAGUUGUAAUAUAAUGUUUGUAAUAUAAAAACACUUCUGUGGUAUAUAAGUUUGACUUUGUCUAAAAGAAUAGUUUAGCCUUAUAAAUAAUAUGGCCUUGUUGCACCCAAUCAAUGUAUUCCAGCUUAAUCUGCCUAGUACCAAUUAGCAACGUGAAUAUGUGUAAAUAACCCUGUCACCCUUAGAGGUCAAAACCCAAGGGUCAUUUGUAUGCAGCAUGGAAACAUCUGAAGUGCUUACAUUAGAAUUAAUCAUCUCCACUGGAAAUAGCCUGGGUCAUUAUUCAAAAGGAAUCAAAAGAUUAGAAUAAACAAUUUGCCUUCAGUCAUAAUUUAUGCAUCCUGUUUAAAGACAGUUCAAAACAUUAGCUACAUUAUUGCACAGAAUAACAUAAAAGUUGUUUUUUUAAACAACAUUUGAUUAACAUUUUAUAUUUAUAUUUAAAUGCGACACAUGGUCAGUUAUAUUAUUGUUGGUGCAAAAAAUAUAUUUGUUUACAGACUUUUUUAAAGGGACUUGAAACAUUUUGAGACUGCAAUAUCAAAUGUUUAUUUAUAUGUAGUAAAAUAGGGUAAUAUAAUAUUUAUUGUUCCCCUUUUCCAGUAAUUUAACUACAAAAAUGUUGGGCAUUCCAAAAUUAAUCUUGCAUAAUUCAGAUAGAGCAUGCUAUUUUCAGACACUUUUACAUUUACUUUUAAUUUUAAGUGUUCUUUUUUAUUUUAGUAUGCAAAGAAUGUGUACAUAUAUUACACUAGUGGGAGCUAGCUGGUGAUUAGUGAUUGUGCACAUUUGUCUCUUGUGAUUGACUGACUAGAAGUGUUUAGCUAUCUUUCAGUAGUGCAUUGCAGCUACUUCAGCAAAGGAUACCAAGGGGAUGAAGCACAUUUGCUAAUACAGGUAGCCCAGAAGGAAUGGUUGUAAAUCGAAACCGUUGUAAAUUGAAACCCAAUUUAUAAUGUAAGUCAAUGGGAAGUGAGGGAGAUAGGUUCCAGGCCCCUUUCAAAAUUUUCAUAAGUAACACCUAAUAGAUUAUUUUUAAAGCUUUGAAAUGAAGACUUUAAAUGCUAAACAGCAUUAUAAACCUAAUAAAAUAAUCACACAACACAGACUUUACUUCCAUUUUUCUGCAAACAGUUCUUUCUAUGCAUUCCAAUCUGGACUGAUUUAUAGACAGGAAGAUCUUGUUCCUUUGAAAUCUGCUCAAUAGCUCAGGUCUGGUUAAACUGAAUAAUUUCAGCUUGCUUGGCUUUGCUGCAACACAAGCGGACAGCUCCAUCUACUGGCGAUUUUAAUAAAUGCACUGCUUCUCAAUGCUUUUCAAUAGCAGUCACAUGACUGGAAAAAAAGGUUGUCAUUCUGAAACGGUGUAAAUUGAACCGUUGUAAAACGAGGGCCAUCUGUAUAAGAAAAUUGGAAAGUUGCUUAACAUUAUAUGAUCUAUCUGAAUUAUGAAAGAAAAAAAAUGUGUUUCAUGUCCCUUUAAAAGUGGAAGUGCAGACUCCAGACUUAAAGGAUCACUCAAUUCAGUGGAACUGCAUAAUUAACAAGUGCAUAAUAAAAAGACAAUCAUUUAACACCUACUCUGAAUUUUAAAUAAGCAGUAGAUUUAUUUUCUGUCAAAUGUAUUUGUUCUCUCAUUUUCCGGCCCCCUGUAUCUUGUGACAGACAUCGGCCAAUAACAGACUAGUAUACAUAUACCCUGUAAGCUUAUGCACAUGCUCACUCAGUAGGAUUUUGUUCCCAGAAAGUGUGAAUAUAAAAAGACUGUGCAAAUUGUGAUAAUGCAAGUAAAUUGGAAAGUGUCUUAAAACUGCAUGCUCUAUCUGAAUCAUAAAAGUUUAUUUUGACUUGAGAUGUCCCUUUAACCCUGCUAUAUUCCACAUAGUCUAUUUAUUUUUUUAUUGUGCUCCAAAUAUAGGAGGCUUCUAUACCUGUAUAUGAUGUUAUUUUACAUUAAUUUAAUUUGGAAUUAAAUUUUGAUUAAUAAAGUAAUGAUGACAUUUUCUUUUACAAAACUGCUAGGAACAAACAGUGAAACAAUUUAAAUCAGAUUAUUGUUUUUAUUGUACUACUAUUGAUGUGUUUUGAAACUAUAUAUCUGAUAUUGGCAUUAAACAUUAAAUAUUGACUGCAUACUCUAAUUGACAAAA